AUGGUUCCGCGAGCUUACACGAACGCGAUCGCGAUGCCGAAUUCGCGGGCCGGCGAUGGACGGGAGCGUCAGAUAGCAGCUCGUUCGGAGAAACGCGUUGCAACUACGUAUAAUACGGUCAAGAAAGUUGUGGAAAUUGAACUUGGAAAGGACGUAAUAAUUACGUCUGAAAUUGAAAAAUUGGCAAAAGCCUUAAUUCAAGACAGAACGGACCGGAAACAACUUGAAUUACAGCUCCAGCUUGAAACUGAGAAGUGUGAAAAGCUACGCCAGCAGCUUAAAAGUGAAGAAAGUGCGUGUAACUUUAAAAAAAGCCCUGGGCUUCAAAUGUUGUCGGAUGUAAAUGAACGUAACGGUAAUCGGAAAAAAGGAGGUGAACGUUAUACUAAUCAGGAGAUUUUGUUUGCGAUUGGCAUUUAUAAGCGUUCGCCAAAAUGCUAUCGUUACUUCAUUGAUUACAUGCAACUUCCAAGUGAAAGUACGCUUAAACGAGCGUUCUCAAAAAUUUCAUUGAAACCUGGAAUCAAUGAUGUAAUUUUUGGAGCUCUUUCCAAAGCAGCGAAGCGUUUAACAUCAAAAGACUUGCUUUGUAGUAUAGUAAUGGAUGAAACGAUAAUCAAGCGCCGAGCUAUUUUUAACGAAGGAAAUGACUCUGUAAUUGGAUAUCACAACGAUGGCGAAAACAUCAAACCUGAGUUGGCUGACCAUGUAACCGUUUUCAUGUUACAGACAAUUAAUUUUAAAGGUCGACAACCUCUUUCUUUUCAUUACACCAAGGGACCGAUGAGCACUUCAGUUUUAUAUGCAUUGAUCAAGAAGAUCAUCCGAUUAGUCAACGACACUGGGUUUAAAGUUGUAGCAACUGUCUGUGACCAGGGCUCCACUAAUAAAGCAGCAUUUAAAAUACUUGCGGAUGAAACACCGGACAGUUGGGAUAAAAGCUUUUUUCAACUUCCGGAACAUCCCUUGAGAAUUUAUAUUUUUUUUGACAUAUCGCAUUUAAUCAAAACCUCAAGAAAUAACUUUAGUGGAUCUAUUGAAAAUUGGACUAAAGACAAUCCGUCGAAGCAUCGGAGUGAAUACCCAGGCAAUAUCAUUGAGUUCAAGAACAGAAGAGGACAUUGGAAGGAUAUUGUCAAAGUUCACUAUGCAGACCCUGAUUCUCAUCUGAAAGAAGAGCAUAUUUAUUUAACAAAUACAUCCAAAAUGAACGUCGACUUAACUGGCCAAGUAUUAAGCUCCAGAACAGCAGAAAAAUUAAAAGCAAUCGGUUCAUCGAAUCCUAAAAAAUAUCCGACUGCUUAUGAUACCGGCAUCAUUAUCGAUGAACUCGAUAAACUUUUCGACUCGCUGAACGGUAGUAAAAUCACUGGAGUUGAUAGGAAGAUUGAGACAUCUCGAGCACCGGUUUCGUCAACUUCUUAUCAUUGGGGCUAUUGGAGUGAUAUUUUGGGACAUAUAGAUGAUUUGAAAUACUUCAGAUCGAACGGUGGCACUAAGGACAAAAUAAACACUCCAACACCAGCUGCUUUGAAAAAUAAUAUCAAGGCAGCUAUGGGUCUGUGUAGUUAUCUUUUGAACAAAGCUGACUUUGACAAAGUUAAUUUGCGAUUGGUUACGCAAGACGCCUUAGAAAAUUUGUUCGGUUUAAUUAAAAAUUUGCAAGGAUGUAACCAUAAGUUAACAGCUGAACACUUCAUGAAUGCAUUCAAAACGAAAUUGCUGACAACUUUUGCCAAGUUCCGGGUUGAAGGCUCAAACUGCGAGAAAGAAGACAUUCCAGCAAUCAUUGAACUUGAUGAUUUAUUUGCGGCAAUAAUAUCUGAAGAUUUCAGAAACAAUUGUGGUAGUGACCACUCAGAGGGACCAGAAGAGGACUCGGAUUACAUCGAUACACCACAAAUACAUCUGCAAGACAAUAAUGAAAAUUGGGAUUUAAUUUUUAAUAAUUUGUUGGGAGAAGACAUUGACAAUGACGGAAACAACUCAGCAAGUGACUUGGAGACUUCGGACUCUGUAUUUGAUUCGAUGACUAACUUCCUACAAAAAAAAUAUCGUUGCCUUUCCUGUAAAUUUAGCAUUUUCAGAGAAAAUGAAAUCGGAAUACCGGAAAUUUCUGAGACAUUGAGACGUAAUAUCAGCGAUGGUAUAAAAAUUUUCAAUGAAACUUACGUAAAUAAAUUACAUGAGCCAAAGAUUGUUGGAACCAUCACUGGAUUCAUGGAAACCUGCUUUUCUGACGAUUGGAACCGGUGUCAAGUGCAUCUAGCAAAAGAUCUGAAUAGAGAGAUUAUCAAGAAGCUGGUUAAUAGAUUGAUACGCCGAGAAAGUGAAAAAAUUAACAGGAAUAUUAUAUUGGAAGAAACACGAGCAGCCAACGCCGGUAAAAUAGCAGAGCUAAGUGGAAAAGCUAAGUGAAUUAUAACGUCAGGAUAACAUCGACACUGAAAAUGCAAGCAGACAAGGCAACGUAAAUAAUAAAGCUAAUUACGAGUUGAAUGAAAUACAAAAUCAUCAUAGAAGCCACUCCGAAGUUUCAAGCAGGAAAUAUAGCGGUUAUUAUAGUCCAGUGAAUUACAUUCAAGGAGUUUAUGAUUUAUCAAGAGUCUUCCGGCAGCUAAAAGUUAUUUGGUGACGAAACCCGAAGAAAGAUAAGUUCACAAUUAACAUACAUAUACUUUAAUAUAUUUAUAACUAACAGGGAUUUUAGUUAACACAACUUUUUCAUUUUCAGUAGAAGUAUGUAGUUAUUUUUUUCAUCGAAGGACCUACAUUUCAACUUUCAGACUUUUGACAUUCGCAGAUGACAUCAUUUAA